CCCGCGGGGCGGCGCCCUCUCCCCUCCCGGCAGCGGAACGUCGGCAGCAGAGCGACGGCGGGGCUGUGCAACGGAAUGGCGCCGGACAGCUUUUCCGGAGGCACCAAAGCCGGUCCGACAGAAGGCGCUUAGAUAGGGCCAAGACUUUCCAGCCUCCCAACACACACAGAGCAGCUUGAUAGCAGGUGCCAGAUCAUUCAACACUACCACAGAUAAAUACUACAGGAUAGCUAGUCCGGCUCCACUUUGGGGUCAGCCUUAAUGUCAUACAGAGAUUUGGUGAAGAGCUGGCAUGAAGCUGUCCAGGCUUUGGAUAGGAAGGACUGGGAUAUGGCCUUGGAAUUAUUUUCCAGAAUUGAAGAACCUCCUUCCAAGAUCUGCUUCAAUAUGGGCUGUGUGCAUCUGCUAACUGGAAAUCCAGAGGCAGCCCUGAAGGCAUUGGAUCAAACAGUGGUCAAGGACCCUUGUAUGGCUGUGGGAUUCUUCCUUCGAGGUGUGGUUCACUUUCAACUAGCUAGAUUCUCAGAAGCUCUUUCUGAUUAUGAUCUGGCCUUGACCAACCUGAGAAACAAUACCUUCAUUGACUAUAAGCAACUGGGUCUACGGUACAAGCUACAAGCUUGGGAAGUGUUGUACAACAUGGCAGCUGUGCAAUGUCAGCUGGGACUUUGGGAAGAAGCCACCAGAAGCUUAGAAAAUGCCAUCUCCAAGAAACUAGAGGGAAGUUCAGCCAGUCUAGAGGCUGCCCUAGACCAGGUGAAGAAACGAAUCUUUCUGGACCUUCUGCAAAUUCCCAAGGGUGAGGUCUUCUGCCCCCGGAAGAAGGAUGUAGAGCAGCUGAAUUCCAUGGAUUUCCUGGGGAAGUCCAAGGUCAUUUCAUCAGUCAAUCCUAAUGACAGGUACAUUGGUUUUGAGCCUCUCAGGCCACAGGAAAGUCACAAUGGAAUCCCAUGUUCACACACAAAAGGACCUCCUAAAAGGCCCCAUUUAAACCAAGUUGGGGAACCAGUUUCUCCACUUCAAGGGCUCCCUCCUCCAGAAGGGAUCAGCCUGGACUUCACAGUAUGUCCUGAAAGGAUGGUAAAAGGCCAGCGGCUAUUUCAGGAUAUCAUUCCUGAACAUACUAAGUAUCAUAGGAGCACAGAUUUAGAGUCAGAAAGAGAUCUUAGAUGCCAUCUAGUCCAACUCCCUUAUUUUACAGAUGAAUACACCAUGCUAAGUGCUGGGAAUGCCAAUAGAAAAGCAAGACCAUCUCUGCUCGAGGAGCUCAUAUACUCACAAGAAAAGUCUCAGCUGCAAAUCAAACGGAAAGGCCCUGUGGUCCUCAGGUUUAUCUCCAUUCUGUACUCUAUGUCCCAUCAGGGCCCAGCAGCCCAGGGAGAGGUGUCUAGCAGCCUAGACACAUCCGUCAGGCUCAAUGUACAUUGUACUUUCACCGUGACCCUGGAGGUAAAAAGGGGAACAUCUGUGCCUGUCCUCAGAGCCCUGCUGAGAGAGAAGCUCCUACAGCAAUCAGAAUGUGCACAGCUCAGUUAUAGUCACCAGGACAGUGGGAAAUUCAUUACAAUUUCUGAGGAAGAGGCAUGUAAAAAGAUGUGGCAGGAAGCAGCAGCAGGCAGAAGAUUGAGUCUCCAAUGCCAGGGAACAGAAUGCACUGGAGGCCGACCUGUGCUCUAUCGAAUGGUUGCUCAGUACAGCUAUUCUGCACAGGGACCUGAAGACUUAGAAUUUCAGAAAGGGGACACCCUGGACAUUCUCUCUGAAGUGAAUGAUGAGUGGCUGGAAGGCCAUUGCAGAGGCCACAUUGGCAUUUUCCCCAAGUGUUUUGCUCAGUUGGCCAGCAUAGCCAAAGAAGAGGCUCCCAUCGAAGCACCCAUGACUUACACCUUCUGAACACUCCCCAAGAGAACAAGGACCAGUGAAUGCAUAGCUCCCUGCCAUCACUGGAGUGCCCAUUCCCAUGGCCAGAGGGUUCUCUAGGAGUCCCAUCUCCAUGAAGAUUUCCAAAAGAAAAGACUUCCACUUACUUUAGAAGACAUAGGCGUCUAGCUACUGGGAAUAGGAAUAUCCAUUUCAUAGGAUAUCAGCAUCCUGAUUAAGAGGAUCAUAGGAUUUAGAACUGGAAAAAGAGAUCUGAGAGAUCACUGAAUCCAACCUUCUCCUACUUUUAUAGAGGAAGAAAAGGAGGCUGAGAGAGAACUGAUUUGCCUAAGGUCGCAAAACUAAGAAAUAGCAGAACUGAGAUCUGAACUGGGUCCUCUUACUCCAAGCCCAAUGCUUUUUCACUAGGCCCAAUAAUCACUGGGGUAAAAAUAAGCUGGAGGGCAGCAGAUCAUUCCUAACUACCAGCCUUAGAACCAUUCUAAUCCAACCUCUUCAUUUUUCAGAUGAGGUCCAGGGGGGGAAAGAUUUCCUCAAGGUCAAACAAUAGCAAAGCCUGGACUGUGCUUCCUCCUCCAAAAGGGGAAAUACCCAAUGAAAGAUUUUAUUACAACUGUUAUCUAUAUCAUCUAGGGGGAAAAAUCUUUUAAAAAUCUAACCCGAUACUCAAUUCAUGUCUAGUUAAUGACAUAGCAACAUUCUUGUGGUAUUAAAAAAAAAGGAAACAAAGCAGAUAUCUAUUGGUUCAGGAAAUGGCUAAACAAAUUGUAGUAAUUUAGUGGAAUAUUCCUAUGCUGUAAGAAAUUAUGAGUAUGAAGAAUACAGAAAGCUGUAACAAAGGAGAGAAAUCUCUUCCCUCUUCUCCUUUUCCAAUUGCCUGAAGCCCAAGGGAGAUCUGUGCUCUAAACCAGGCAGGGCCCAAAGAAGCUUACAGGGUGCUCUCCCCCACUCACUUGUCCCAAUCCUCUUGACGUCUCCUAAUUAUAGACAGCAAUAAGGAUCUGCUCUUGUCACCCCAAAGUACAAAUCCUUGAGCUCUUAGAGCACAGGUAAAUCCCUUUAAGAAUCAGAGAAGAUGCAUAGAUUCAUCUCCUUUGUGCUCAUUCCUCUCCCUUCCCUAUCAGCCUCUACUGAUGCUAGUCUUGCUAAGCAAACUUUCUUUUCAAUUUUUUUCUAACCCUUACCUUCCAUCUUGGACUCAAUACUGUGUAUUGGUUCCAAGGCAAAAGAAUAGUAAGGACUAGGUAAUGGGCAUUAAGUGACUUAUCUGAGGUCAAAUUUGAACCCAGGACCUCCCAUCUUAGAAUCUACACUAAGAAUUGGCUCUAAGGUAAAAGAGUGGUAAAGGCUAAGCAAUGGGGGUUAAGUGACUUGCCCAGGGUCACAUAGCUAGGAAGUGUCUGAGAUCACAUUUGAACCUAGGACCUCUCGUCUCUAGGCCUGGCUCUCAAUCCACUGAGCUACCCAGCUGCCCCCUAAGCAAACUUUUUUUUUCCUUUCUUUUUAUCCUUUGUUACAAGCAACAGCUUUUCUGAAACAGGACAUUUAGUCCCUAACUAUCUCUGCUAUUUUGUAUUUCUUUCCCUGAGCACAGAUGAGGAAAGGAAUAUACCUUAAGGAAGGAAGGAAAGAAAGAAAGAAAGAAAGAAAGAAAGAAAGAAAGAAAGAAAGAAAGAAAGAAAGAAAGAAAGAAAGAAAGAAAGAAAGAAAGAAAGAAAGAAAGAAAGAAAGAAAGAAAGAAAGAAAGAAAGAAAGAGAGAAAGAGAGAAAGAAAGAAAGAAAGGGAGAAAGAAAGAAAGGGAGAAAGAAAGAAAGAGAGAGAGAAAGAGAGAAAGAAAGAAAGAAAGAGAGAAAGAGAGAAAGAAAGAGAGAAAGAGAGAAAGAAAGAAAGAGAGAAAGAAAGAAAGGAAGGAAGAAAGAAAGAAAGAAAGGAAGGAAGGAAGGAAGGAAGGAAGGAAGGAAGGAAGGAAGGAAGGAAGGAAGGAAGGAAGAAAGGAAGAAAGGAAGAAAGGAAGAAAGGAAGAAAGAAAGGAAGAAAGAAAGAAAGAAAGAAAGAAAGAAAGAAAGAAAGAAAGAAAGAAAGAAAGAAAGAAAGAAAGAAAGAAAGAAAGAAAGAAAGAAAGAAAGAAAGAAAGAAAGAAAGAAAGAAAGAAAGGAAGGAAGGAAGGAAGGAAGGAAGGAAGGAAGGAAGGAAGGAAGAAAGGAAGGAAGGAAGAAAGAAAGAAAGAAAGAAAGAAAGAAAGAAAGAAAGAAAGAAAGAAAGAAAGAAAGAAAGAAAGAAAGAAAGAAAGAAAGAAAGAAAGAAAGAAAGAAAGAAAGAAAGAAAGAAAGAAAGAAAGAAAGAAAGAAAGGAAGAAAGGAAGAAAGGAAGAAAGGAAGAAAGGAAGAAAGGAAGAAAGAAAGAAAGAAAGAAAGAAAGAAAGAAAGAAAGAAAGAAAGAAAGAAAGAAAGAAAGAAAGAAAGAAAGAAAGAAAGAAAGAAAGAAAGAAAGAAAGAAAGAAAGGAAGAAAGAAAGGAAGGAAGAAAGAACAAAGGAAGGAAAAGAAACAAAACUAGUAUGUAAGCCAAAGUUAUCAAUAAAAAAAUGUUUAAAUGAAUGGAAUCCUUUUAGUACUUUUCAUGGUAACAUAAAACUAGAAAACAAAGUGUGUGAUUGCUAAUUGAGAAAUGACUGGACAAAUUGUAGGAUAUUAAUAUCAAUAUGCUUUUUAAAAAUCCUUAACUUCUGUCUGAGAAUUGUGCUAUAAUUAAAUUUUCUUG